AUGUUGUCCAUUGCCGGUCCAGCUAUAUCAAUCUGGGUGAUAUUUGUCUUAGUCAAAGCAAUAUGUGGGUGGCAAGCCAAAAUACCCGGUCCCUGGUACACGAACAUCACCAGUUUUGUGUUGAAAUACCAUGAAUUCACAAAGAAUCGUCGACUUUGGAUUCAUGAAUUGCAUCAGAUAUACGGCCCAGUUGUUCGCGUGGCUCCUAAUGAAGUCUCAUUCUCGAACCUGGAAGGAAUGAAGGAGAUUUAUCAGAGUGGAGGGAGCGGGUAUGACAAGACUGAGUUUUAUGAUUUGUUCAAGCAAUAUGGGUAUCGGACGUUGUUUACGACGCCGAAUAAGGUGGAUCAUGCUACGAGAAGGAGGAUACUUGCGGACAGGUAUUCGAUGACAAAUGUUCUUCGUGCACCGAUGCUUGAGGGGUUUGAGCAGAGGGCUGCAUCGGUCAUGAAGCAAUGCGAGGCAUCUCGUAGUGGAUAUCUGGAUAUCUACGUCACCUUGCACUGCUACGCUUUGGACUGCGCUUCGCAUUUUCUUUUCAAUCCCGGCGGGACAGAUACUUUGAAUGACGAGGAAGACUUCAAACUCAUGAAAGAAUUAUCGUAUCACGAUAGCAUCAAGCAAAGAUAUGUCCAACAUUACUGGCCAGUGCUGAAUAAGAUCUUCUCGCCAUUCCUCAGUCCUAAGCGAGUCUCUCUGUCAAGGAGAUAUGUUCUUGAUCAGAGCCACCAGAAAAGCCCUCACGAGUCAUCUCUCAUGCAUAAGUUGCAGAGCAAGUCUUCCGAGCUCACCACAAUCCAGAUGGCAGCUGAAUGCAUGGAUCAUAUGGCCGCUGGAAUAGACACCACCGGAGAUAGUCUUUGCUUUUUGAUGCAUGAACUAUCUCUUCCACGCUCCGAGUGUAUACAGGACCACCUCCGCCAGGAGAUCUUACGGAAUCCGACUGCAAAGUUAGAUGAAUUGCCGUAUCUUGAUGCUGUGAUUAAAGAAGGUCUGCGUCUGUUUGCACCAAUCCCGAUGAGUUUGCCUAGAUAUGUUCCUGAGGGUGGCAGGACUAUCUGUGGUUAUGAGUGUCCCGAAGGCGCUAUAGUAAGUUGCCAAGCAUACUCACUUCAUUUAUUGAAUCCGGACGUGUUCCCGGAUUCAGAGUCAUUUAUGCCUGAAAGAUGGUUGCAGAAAGACGGAGAGGCCGAGAGGAACAGACUACUCUUCGCAUUUUCUGCUGGUGGAAGAGGAUGUAUUGGAAAACAUUUGGCAAUGGUAGAAAUGAAGACAUUACUGCGUAGGAUAUACGGGCAGUAUCGAACGACGAUAGCGCCGGAAAUGAAUGGAGACAUGUCAAUUCAUGAUCAGAUAAUAGCAUCCAGGCCGAAAGAUCAGACAUGUCUCCUAGUGUUUGACCGAGUAUGA